AUGUCUUCAUCAACAACGAUUGAACCAUCCAGCAGUGUGGUAAUGUCUUCAUCAUUAGUGAUUGAAGCAUCCAGCAGUUUAGCCGAGUCUACAUCAUCAGUGGUGGAAAAAUUAAGCAGUUUAGCCGAGUCUACAUCAUCAAUGGUUCAACCAUCUAGCAGUUUAGCAGAGUCUACAUCAUCAGUGGUGGAACCAUUAAGCAGUUUAGCCGAGUCUACAUCAUCAAUGGUUCAACCAUCAAGCAGUUUAGUACAGUCUACAUCAUCAAUGGUGGAACCAUCAAGCAGUUUAGCAGGGUCUACAUUAUCAAUGGUUAAAUCAUCCAGCAGCUUGGUAAUGGAGCCAUCAUCAGAGGUUCACCCAUCCAGUAGCUUGAUAAUGUCUUCAUCAUCACUGGUUGAACUAUCGACCAGUUUGCUAAUGUCUUCAUCAACAACGAUUGCACCAUCCAGCAGUGUGGUAAUGUCUUCAUCAUCAGUGGUAGGACCAUCAAGCAGUUUGCUAAUGUCUUCAUCAACAACGAUUGAACCCUCCAGCAGUGUGGUAAAGUCUUCAUCAUCAGUGAUUGAAGCAUCCAGUAGUUUGGUAAUGUCUUUAUCAUCACUGAAUGAACAAUCGAGCAAUCUGGUAAUGUCUCCAUCAUCACUGAUUGAACCAUCAGGCAGUUUGGUAAUGUCUUCAUCAUCAAUGGCUGAACCAUCAAGCAGUUUGGCAAUGUCUUCAUCAUCAAUGGCUGAACCACUAAGCAGCUUGCAAAUGUCUUCAUCAUCAGUUGUUGAACCAUCGAGCAGUCUGGUAAUGCCUUUAUCAUCAAUGAUUGAACCAUCGAGCAGUCUGGCAAUGUCUCUAUCAUCAGUGGUUGAACCAUCGAGCAGUUUGGCAAUGUCUCUAUCAUCAGUGGUUGAACCAUCGAGCAGUCUGGUAAUGUCUCUAUCAUCAGUGGUUGAACCAUCAAGCAGUCUGCUUGCUAAUUUCUUCAUUAACAAUGGUUGA